UUUAGGUUCUCCAUGAGAUGUGUCUGCUUUUAUGGAGCUAUCUAGUACACUGUGGCUCGUGUGAUUCCGACACGUCAAAUACGCGGUUCCUCGAGAUCGACGUGGCUUGCUGUCUGCUGAUGUCGGCUGUGCUUAUGGGCUUUUUAGUGGGCUUUUCUUGAAGUGGGUUAAAGCGAAUAAUUGAGUUGAACCAAAAACAGAUAAAGUUAGUUAUUUUGGGUUCCGAAUGAAAUGGUUGUAUUUGGUUGAUAAAAAUCAGCUUUACAUUUAGAAUACUCUACGAUCUCAAUUUUGGCGGUGCUUAGAGAAAAUUUCAGAUGAGAGUAAAAAGAGAUUAUAACAUGUUGAUUUAGUGAUUCUUGUUUAAUU